AUGGCGACAGGCACCCUCCUCUCGUACCUCCCCUUCUCGCCGCACAUCCGCCCCCUCCACGCGGCAACAUACCUCCUCGGCGUCUCCCUCUUCUCAAUCUCCUUCCUGGUCUUCCUCAACUCGUCCGUUUCCUUCGUGCUGACAGACCUCCUCCACAUCGCCCCGCCAAUCGGUAACAUUGUCGGCACCCUCGGCUUCGUGGACGAGCUCGUGGCCAUCGUGGCCGCCCCCGUGUGGGGCGCGCUGUCGGAUGGACCGCUCGGCACGCGUGGCGUCGCCGUGACGGGCUUCACAGUCAUUGCGGCGUCGUUGGUGGUCUUUGUCAAUGUGCCAAACGUGUAUCCGGGGCUUCUCCUCGCGCGGAUGUUCUUCUCGAUCGGUGCCGCGGCAGUAGCCACAAUGGUGUCUGCAAUCCUCCCGGAAAUGACAGCGUCCCCACUACCAACGCCGUCGCCGCCGGCCACCCUCCCGCGCGGCCGUAUUGCAACCCCGCCGCCGUCGGAGCUGCCGACGCCGGUGCCGGAUAUUGAGGCUUCUGCGGCGACGGCACGGCGACACCCGACGGGGAAGCUGGCGGGGCUAGUAGGGCUGUUUACGGGGCUUGGGGCGCUGCUGGCGCUCGGUGCUUUUCUACCGCUGCCGACGCAUUUUGAGGGUGGAAGUGGGGGCAGAGAAGAGGCGGUGAGGAGGGCGUUUUAUAGCGUUGCGUUGGUAGCUUUGGCGGUUGGGGUGUGGUGCUUGUUGGGGCUGCCGGCGCCGGUGCAAAUGGUACAAGAGGAGGAGCAGGUGUCGCUUGGAUUCCGGGCGAAGCGGUGGUUGUGGACGAAGAUUUGGGGGGGCGAUCCGGCGGUGCUGGAGCCGCCGGUGUCCCCGGGAUCGUGUUCGAGCCGGAAGAGCGGUGGUCGAGGGAGUGCCCGUGGUGGUGGCAGCGGCGGCGGAGGAGGGCUGGUGUCGCUGAAAGCUGCGGUAAGGGCCGGGCUGUACGAUAGCCGCAUUGCACUCUCGUAUCUGGGCGGCUUCGUGGCGCGCUCCACAAGCGUCGGAAUAUCACUGUUCAUCCCGCUGUUUGUCAAUCACUACUUCAUCGUCAGCGGCAAGUGCCCUUCCGACGCACAGGACGACCCGAAGCACGGCUGCCGCAAGGCGUAUCUGCUCGCUGCGGCGCUGACGGGCAUAUCGCAGCUGAGCGCGCUGCUGUGCGCGCCACUCUUUGGCUACUGGAGCGACCAUCCGCCGUUUGGUGCUCACCGGAACACGCCGCUUGUACUGAGCGGGGCGCUCGGCGUGGUGGGGUUUGGAGGGUUCGCUAUGGCGCGGGUUGCGGAGAUGUCGUUGGGGGUGGUGGCGUGUGUGGUGUUGAUGGGCGUGGCCCAGAUUGGCGGCAUUGUGGGCUCGCUGGGCGUUAUGGGGCGGGGCAUCGUCGAGGAGGAGGAGAUCGAGGAGAUGGCCGAGGAGGAGUAUGUCUAUGAUGAGGAUGCGCGAGAGAUUGGCGAGGAGGAGCCGCUGCUGGGGGGAAGGGAUAGCGGCGGUAGUGGUGGUGCCAGUGGUGUGGGGGGCGGGAUUGCGGUGACGGGGAGGAGGAGGAGGGACGUCAAGGGCGGCAUUGCGGGCGUGUACAGUCUGUGUGGCGGGGCGGGCAUCCUGGCUCUGACAAAGCUGGGCGGGUGGGGCUUUGAUGCUGUCAGCGUCGGGUGGCCGUUCUGGAUGCUGGCGGCGUUUGAGGGAAUGCUGGUUGUGGGCGCGGUGGCCGAGGGCGUGUGGGGGCGGAAAUGA